AUGUCUGCCAAAGAAAAAAAACAGCUUUCCUCAGAUAUUCUUAAAAAAGUGCAAGAAAGCGGCGCGCCUGGCCUAGUAGCUGCACUAAAAGAAAAGAAGUUCAAUAUACUUGACUGGCAUAAAAUAAUACUACAUCCGAAUAGAACUGAGUACUAUGAAAGUGCGCUGAAGGAAAACACAGAAAUUUUCAACCACCUAUUGCAUAAAACAGUCCCACCGCAGGAAAUAGAUGGGCUGAAGGCGCUCUAUCUAUACCCGCUUCUUAGAAGCACAAUCCGCAAUAAAGAUGGAUUUUCUUUUAAUCUCUGCCACAAGAAGAAGAGCCUUUCAGUUAAACCAGAGAAAAUAGGCCUACAUAACAAACCCAGCCAUGCACAGUCUGCUCUUUAUGCCAGCCUAAGUGGGUAUGAACGGUUUGUGUUGAAGCACAGCCAAUUAAAGCAUAGAACCACAAAAUAUAAAACAAGUGUGCGCACAGCGAGAAUUCUCUAUGCAGAGAAUCUCUUAGAGUCUCUUCUUAAUAAGAUUGCAUCAAACGAGCCAGCAACACCAAGAAUAAUCAGCUAUAGUCCUGCCCACAACAAAAACAAUAAUAUUCCAAUUCUUCUCUCUUCUCUUUUGGAAGUUCCAAGAAUAGAAAGAGCAUAUUUACAAGAAGCCCCGGCCAGGCUUAGAGCAGGAAUCUUUAGAGAGGGGCUUACUAGGCAAAUAAAAAAGCUAAGCACACACAACCAGAAAUAGUAUAAACAAUCAUGUAAAUAAAAUACACUUUAACA